GGGGUAAGUAGAAACGUCACUUCCUCUUCUAUGUGGCUACAUUGGUACGUGGUUAAAAACAGCAAGGGCGCCACGUACACAUUAUGAAAAGAUAGGUCUUUUUAAGAAAAGUCUUCCCAAGUCGUAGAUCCAUCGUCAUUUUAGCGUGUCUUUCUAAAUCGCCGAAGGGAGCAGCAUAUUUUUCAUUUGAAACAAGGGGUGGAGACUGAAGUUUCCAACUUGAUCUGCACAGGUUUAGAGAAGCAAACUUGUAACACAAGUUAAAAUGACUGAAAACAAUCAGCAACGGGGUGAGUUGCCUGAAUACUUGAAGGAUGAGCCCCCAACAGAUACCAACAAAGAUCAUCCUCAACCCCAGCCUGGCAUAUUCUCCAGGGUGGCCGGUGGUCUGUUCAGUGUCACAAAGGGAGCCGUUGGGGCCACAGUGGGUGGAGUCGCCUGGGUCGGAGGGAAAAGCCUUGAUCUCACAAAAACUGCUGUAAGCUCAGUUGCAGCUGUUCCAGCAAUGGGAGUAGGGCUCGUGAAGGGAAGUGUGUCUGCCGUGGCUGGUGGUGUGACCGCCGUCGGCUCCGCCGUCGCCAGUAAAGUUCCCAUUGGCGGAGGCAAGAAGAAGGAUAAGUCUGAUUGAAUCACGUGACUCGAAGGUACUUUUGUCCGACGUGUCUGCAUCAUGUCUUCUUAGACUCCAGAGUGAGUUGAUUGUGGAGAUCCUGCUUGUGUUAACAGCAUAUUUGGACCAUAUCCGUCUGCCUGACAGGACCAACAAGAAGACAUUCGCAAACUGGGUCCUCCACGCAAGAACCUUUGUUUCCGUGUUCUAUUGGAAUAUGACAUUAAGUCGAAUUGUUUAUGUAUGAAGUAUUAAAUAUCUGACUAGAGUUGGAUACAUGGACCUCUAAAUGUUCCGUUUAUGCUUUACUGAGCACACAAAGACACACACUUGUGCCUCACUGUACACACAAAGAAUCACAUGCUUUAAACAGACCUUACAGUUGAAUUGCUCCAAGCCAGUUGUAGGGAUGAAGAUCAAUCAAGUGUCCCUUUUGGUGCUGUGGGGGGAAAUCUCAGACUGUGUGGUGCUGAUGGUGGUGCUCCAUCCAUCUGAUUGAUUGUUUGUGAGAUUACUUACUUUGAGCCUCUGUGGUCCAUGAUGAACUCCAGCGAUCACUCUCUGUGUCUCCCUGAAAAACAGAGAAAGCACAAUCCCACACACAUAAACUCACACAUUAAAGGCUGGUGUGUUUAGAUUUUGCCAAACAACUCCAAAAUUACAAUUGCGAGCCACAAAUCUGAAUGCUGAAAAAACUGCGUUAGUUGUUUGUUUGUUUGUUUUAGGGAAACAUGCAUGAUUAUCUUCAUCAAAACGCAAGUCUUUCUGUUUUGAUGACAAUAGCUGUAUUGCAAUACCCAAUGACAUUUUCUUUUCUGUAAGUCA